AUGUUUCGCAACGCUCUUGUCACUGGUGCUGCCCAGGGUAUAGGACGUGCGAUUGCCCUUCGUCUUGCUAGAGAUGGUCUUAAUGUUGCUGUGAAUGAUAUUAAAGCAAGUUCGUCAGGUCUCAACAAGGUUCAACAAGAAAUCGAAAAAAUGGGUCGAAAAUCUGUCGCUAUAACUGCUGAUGUUUCUGUUGAUAAAGCGGUCGAAAUAAUGAUGCAAAACGCUGCAAAAGAACUGAGCAGUUUGGACGUCGUAGUCGCUAAUGCAGGAAUUGCCCAGGUGAAACCGAUCAUUGAUAUUACUACAGAAGAUUGGGAUAAGAUGUUUGCAGUCAACAUGCGGGGUGUGUUUCUUUGCUACAAAGAGGCUGCUAAAGUCAUGAUUGCACAAGGUACAGGAGGAAAAAUCAUCGGUGCCUGCAGUAUAUUUGGACACAGAUCAGCUCCAAUGGCGAGCCAUUAUUGUGCCAGUAAAUGGGGUGUGCGUGGUCUUACGCAAGCCGCUGCCAUGGAAUGGGCCAAGCACAAGAUUACAGUCAAUGCUUACUGUCCAGGUACGUUUCGUACCGGUUUUAUUUAA